AUGACCGAGACACAGCAUGUGGAGGGUGGUACGGGUGCAGUCCAACCCCCAGCUGAUGGCGGUAACUACGAUGAUGGACACGUCGACACGAGCAUGAACGUGGAGAGUCGCGACGCGAUACGGGAAGGCAAGCAGAAGGCCAAGGAGAUCAUGGCCGCUGCCGGCGCAAGUCCGGCCACUUCACAACCACGAUCCCUGCCUGGCGAUAUGUCCAACGGUACACCUCAGGCAAACGGCAAGGCUCAGUUGAGCAGAAAGCGAUCGCGAGAUGGCACUCAACUUCCCACAAAUCAGACGAAAGUCAUGGUGCUGGAUCAGGAUGGGACGGAACACACGCAUGAUGAGGUGCUGUUGGAUCGCUAUAUCCAGCGCGACCUCGUCUACGGCGCCGCCAUGAACGACCACGAGGAGCGGUCGCGAGACCUCAUCAAGCUCAAGGAGAGGGAGAAGGAGUUCUACCUGCAUGAGGUCAAGCAAGCCCGGCAGAUAGCCCCUGGUUCUGUCUUUGGGUACGGAUUCAUGGGGUAUGGUAAUCGUCUGACUGAAGGCAAGAGCCAGAUCGUGUACAAUAAAUUGCGUGGUCCGCCAAAAGGUCGAAGAUGUCCGGAGGUCUAUAGCACGCGGAAGGACAAUGCGCAGCAGUCAGAGCACCACGAGGAGCUCGUGCCUGUACGGCUGGACAUUGAGCUAGACAAGCUGCGGUUACGCGACACCUUCACCUGGAACCUUCAUGAGAAGCUCAUCUCUCCGGAUAUGUAUGCUGAUUAUCUGAUCGAGGAUCUUAAGAUACCACCUGAAGCAAUACGAGAGGUGUCACAGCAAGUCAAGGCAGAAAUGCAUGAGCAGAUCCACAAUUAUUAUCCUCAUAUCAUCGUAGAAGAUGGUCCGCUGGAAACAGGCCGGCCAUACAAUGAUCAUAAGGACGACGAGAUGAGGGUCCAGAUCAAGCUGAAUAUCACGAUUGGUCGCAUUACGCUCGUUGACCAGUUUGAGUGGGACAUCAACAACCCACUCAACUCGCCAGAAGAGUUCGCGCGACAGAUGGCGUGGGAGAAUGCGCUGAGUGGCGAGUUCACCACGGCCAUAGCGCACACGAUUCGAGAGCAAAGUCAGCUCUACACGAAGAGUCUAUACUUGACGGACCACUGUUUCGAUGGCCGACCUAUUCUGGAUUCAGAUCUGAGAGACGCUUUCCUGACAACGCCAAUACACGGCGCUUUCCGACCCGUCGCUGCACAAAAGGACUGGACUCCGUAUAUGUACGAGAUGAGUGAGGCUGAGCUGGAGCGAACCGAAACGAGCAUGAUGCGCGAGCACAGAGCUCAGAAACGACAACUGAACCGACGAGGCGGACCAGCCUUGCCUGAUCUGAAGGACCGGCAAAGAACUGUGCGAUCUUUGAUUGUGCAUUCCGUGAUACCUGGUGCAGUCGACAAGUUCGAAACGACGGGCAUACCGAAGGCGAGACGUGGUGGCAGAGGCGCCAGGCGGGGAGCACGUGGCGAAGCUGACUCUGAUUCCGAGGAGCUGGAAGGCGAGGAAUCUGCUCCAGAGUCACCAGCACCGUCGGCUCUCAAUCCUGGUACUGCUAGAACGAGAGGUAUGCGAGGUGCAGCGACCGCGGCACAAGCUGCUAUGAGGGCUGGCUAUGGUGCUAGGAGCGCAACACCAGACUCGCAAAUGCAUACACCACACGAGCCGCGAACAGCUCCACGAAGGAGCAUGCUUCGGGAAGGGAGCGUAAUGGACGAUGGCGAUACUCUGAUCGUCAAGCUCAAGAUUGGCAAAGCUAAGCUCAGAGUAUGGUGGGAGGAAUAUCGGGCGAAGAAGCGAGCCAGCGAGUACCCAUUGUCCGGCUAUGCAUCCCAACCCCCACCACCGAACAGCGGUCUACGAGUCGGGACACCGCAACGGGGCGCCGUAACAACCCCAUCCAUAACCCCACGCACCCUCCCCCAGCCUCGAAGCACACCCCAACCAAAUGGCACCACCCGCUCAACAUCCACAGCCCGAAACGUAAACUACGACCCACAAGGCCGAGCCGACACAGACCACUGGCCAACCGCAGACGAAACAGCCCCCCCACCCCCAACCUGGCUAGACGAAGCCAUGCUCACCCUCCGCUCUCGCCACCCCGAGUCCGACUUCGAACCGAUCAUGCGUCCCUACGCCGUCGACACCACGAACGGUAAGACCGUCAAAGUUGCCACGGAACCCGGCGCCCUACCACCUGCAGGAGUCAAGUUUCAAUUUUUGCCGAGGAUAAGAUGUAACGAUUGUCCUGGGAAGCUGUAUACGGCCCAGCCUGGGAAGGUGGUGGAGGACUUUGAGGUGCAUUUGAGGAAUAGGAAUCAUCGGUUGGCUGUGCAGGAGAGGCAAGUGAGGUGA